GACUUCCUGAGUCGCUCACGGGACGACUGGGUCCGGACACCGGAGCUGCGGGUUUCUGGCGGCGAACUCCCUCUUCCAUCCGCACGCAGGCACAGCGUGCCCCGCAGGUGCCGGGACCCCGAGGCGUGUGCUUAGACAAGACGCGGCCUCAGCGUUUGGGCCCUGGGCUCCCGCCCGCGCCGCAGUCGGCGGAGAACGGCCGGGCUGAGCAGCUGCGAGAAGCAGCCGGAGCCUUCUAGAAAGGCCCUCGGGCCCGGGGACCCGAGGAGGAUGAGCUGGCUCUUCCCGCUGACCAAGAGCGCUUCCUCCUCCGCGGCUGGGUCCCCCGGUGGCCUCACCAGCCUGCAGCAGCAGAAGCAGCGCCUGAUCGAGUCCCUUCGGAGCUCCCACUCCAGUAUAGCUGAAAUACAGAAAGAUGUGGAAUACAGAUUACCAUUCACCGUAAACAACCUGACAAUUAACAUUAAUAUAUUACUUCCUCCUCAGUUUCCUCAGGAGAAACCAGUGAUCAGUGUUUAUCCACCAAUACGACAUCACUUAAUGGAUAAACAAGGAGUGUAUGUUACCUGUCCAUUAGUAAAUAAUUUUACGAUGCACUCAGAUCUUGGAAAAAUUGUUCAGAGUCUGUUAGAUGAAUUUUGGAAGAAUCCUCCAGUUUUGGCUCCUACUUCAACAGCAUUUCCAUACCUGUACAGUAACCCGGGUAGACUGCCUCCUUAUACUUCUCAGGGUUUUCCGUUUCUUCCUCCGUAUCCCCCACAAGAAGCUAACAGGCCUAUCACUUCUGUAUCUGUUGCUGACACUGUUUCUUCAGCCACAAGUUACACCACAGCCAAGCCUGCUGCUCCCUCAUUUGGCAUUCUUGCCAGUCUGCCGCUACCCGUUCCCACGACAGAUGCCUCCACACCGAUAAACCAGAAUGGUUUUGGUUAUAAGAUGCCGGAUGUCCCUGAUGCGUUCCCUGAACUCUCAGAACUAAGUGUGUCACAGCUCACAGACAUGAAUGAGCAAGAGGAGAUAUUACUAGAGCAGUUUCUGACUUUGCCUCAACUACAGCAAGUCAUCACUGACAAGGAUGACCUAGUAAAAAGUAUUGAGGAGCUAGCAAGAAAAAAUCUUCUUUUGGAACCCAGCUUGGAAGUCAAAAGGCAGACUGUUUUAGAUAAGUAUGAAUUACUUACACAAAUGAAAUCUACUUUUGAAAAGAAGAUGCAAAGGCAGCAUGAACUUAGUGAGAGCUGUAGUGCAAGUGCCCUUCAGGCAAGGUUGAAAGUGGCUGCACACGAAGCCGAAGAAGAAUCGGACAAUAUUGCCGAAGACUUCUUGGAGGGAAAAACUGAAAUAGAUGAUUUUCUCAGUAGCUUCAUGGAAAAGAGAACAAUCUGCCACUGUAGAAGAGCCAAGGAGGAGAAACUGCAGCAGGCGAUAGCGACGCACAGCCAGUUCCAGGCUCCGCUCUAGAUUUUCCUGAAAACAUGAACUGCCAGAAGAGGAAUGGGACAAAAGACUAAGCACAUGGUUUUAUAUUUAUGAUUCGCAAGUGGCAUUUCAUCACAGUGGGUGGAAUUCAUAGACAGACUAUAUAGAUUGUAUAUAGAACCGAGACAGAUUCUGUACAGGUUAGAAUGAUUGCUAUAAUCUUUGCUUUGAAAAUGUUUUCUGCACUCUUUGCACUAAAAGUGUUUAUUUAUUGUUGAUAAAUCCUGUCAUAUUUAAGUUCCUCUGCUGUUCCCCUCUUGUUAGAAAUUAAAUACCUAUGCAUGUAAUUUUAGUAGGUUUCAAUAUUUUAUAAAUUAUUUCAUUUAAAUUCGUAUUUUUUAAUUUGAAACUGCCUCGUUUCUUUAUCAGAAAUGGUUUGUUAUUUAGAUUUUUCCCUUUCAAUCUUUUUUGAAAAAACUAGUAUUUCUCCUCUUUCUUUCUGGAUAAAAUUUUGAAAAGCAGUUUGUUUUUAAAUAUUCAUAGUGUCAGGAAACACCAAACCUGCCAAUGUGCUGUCUAAAAAAAAAAUUAACUUUUAAUAAGUACAAUAAAUCAAAAGGAUAAACCACCUGCUCUUAUAUAUUGUUGUUUUAUUUUUAAAACUAAGUAUGCAUUUAAACAGCAAUGCAAGGGAAUGGAUGUUUUACCUGAUAGGAAGAAAACUGCCUUUCACUUAAACCAGUCCAAUACAAACUCUCACGGUGGUUUUUUUUUUUAAAUCAAUAUCUGCUGGGUUUGUGGUUGGAUAAGGAUAUGCUUUCUGAAUUCAUAAUGUUAAAGUUAAUGAUGGUCUUUUUAUUCAACAGAUAGUAAAUCUAGACACAAGAAGGUCAAUGAAUUUUUCCGACUUUUUACUGUGGGUUAGCUUUUCAUAAGGGAAAAGCUGUAGUAAGUAUUCUUCGGAAAUCCUGAUUUUGAUGAAUGUAAUUGAAUCUUCUCUCUGUCUUGUACUGUGUGCAGAGAUUUACUCCCGUGUCAUGGAAUGACAGCGUUUCAUGGGUAUCCUUAAAUGCUAAUAAAGGGGAGAAUCUUGAACUGUAUUUCUGAGGCGUAGGGAGGUAGUGUCUAAAUCACAAAACCAUCUAAAGUAUAUUUUUGUUUAAAUUUCAUCCCAAUAUGAUUGUCAUUCCAAAUACCAGCAUAUAGUACAGUUUAUCUUUUCUUUUUCCUUCUUUUCUUCCUAUAUGUGUUUUUGGCAUUAGAGCUUUAGGAAAAUCAAGAUUAUUUUCUUACACUUGAAACGUACUCAUUAUUUAUGUUUGGAAGGUCAGGUAUUCACAUGAACAAUAAAGAGACACCGUUAGAUCAAGGCAGUAACUUCUCAUUACUCCCCUGUCUUCUGGCACUGCUAAGGCUCAGUCUUCAGAAUGAGCGCAUGAGGAGGUGUAAUUAUUACUUCUGAUCUGUAGGGGAGAUAACUUGAGGUAGAAGUUAGUGUUUCACACUUGUGGCAGAGUCCUCUGGGUACUGGAAAGCUUUCUUUACUGCACUGGCCAUCAGGGCUUCAGUUUUCCCAACCACCGUCACAGCGGAGGACCUCAGAGUCCCACUGUCUUGCAGACAGGUAGCUUUUUAGAAACCAAGUCUAGCCCACAACAGACCAGCAGACCACACCAGUUUUAUUAAGCACCUUCUGAAAAUAAGGCAUGUGAAAACACAAAGAUGAUUCAGACAUGGUUUAGGGUGCUUCUCUACCUACCUCCACAAAAAAAAAAAGAAAAA